AUAUAAAACUCCUGCCUUGCGGCCUUAGUUGCCGCCACUGGGGGGACACUUAGAAAGCUCACAAGUUGGAUCUACAUGGGGAAGCCAUUUCACUCCAUCCCACGCGACAUCGACUCAACUUUUAUGCAAAAGAAUCCCCGAAUAUUGUUGAAGCUGUAGCAACUUGUUCUCGUCCUCCCCCAUCUGGUAUAACUAUCGCGCCAACUAUGAGCAAUUGCCUCCGCGCUUGCAGAUAGCCUCGUUGUCCCCUGACGUCGUUGCGCCCACCCAAAACAAAUGCUGAUCGGGUCGACGGGAUUGGGUGUGAAGGUAGAACACCACACAGAGGGAGCAGAAGGGUCGUAAGGAGCUGUGGGAGAAUUACAAGAUGGCCUGGCAACAGCUGUCGGGAAUGGGAAGUGGUGGAAAUGGCGGCAAUGGACCAGCAGAUGCUGCACAGCAGCAGGCGAACCAACAACCCCAGGGCACCGAGUACACAUUACAAGGUGCGUUUGGAGAGCUGGAGUAGUAAAAAUAUAUGGGGUAGUGCUGACAGUUCACUAGGUGUAAUGCGCUUCCUCCAAACUGAAUGGCAUCGACAUGAGCGAGACCGAAAUGCCUGGGAGAUUGAGAGGCAGGAGAUGAAGGGCCGAAUUGCGCGCUUGGAAGGAACUACACGUAAAGCGGACAGCUCUAACAAAUCGCUGAAAAAAUAUGUGAGCAUGUUGGAGAAAGCCUUGAAGGAGAGAGAUACGCAGGUCAAGGCACUCAAAGCGGGCAAGGAUGUUAAUAUCGAAUCUAUACGCGAUCAAAAAGAGCGGGAGAGUGUUGAUUUCAAAAAGAGACGUAAGUCUAUGUUUAUUGGGGGUCUCCAGAAUUCGGCUAAUACAUGUGUGAAGCCACUCAAGUCAAACCUCACAACUCUUUCCUAGUAGUGGAUGGCGAAGUCGAAGGUGCACCUGAAGGAGAAUUAGAUGUGGCAGAAGACGACCCUGAUAGGGGAAAUGUCAAAGGUUUCAUGGACAAAACAGAGCGGGAGCUCACCUACCUGAUGGUUUCCCCAUCGAAUCCAUUGCCUCCGCGAGAAGCUCUUCCACAAGAGGAGAUAUUUCUUCAACCACCAUCAUUUGGUCCUGCACCUGGGCAACAAAGUUUGGAAGAUAUUUACCAACAGCAACCCCGACAAAAGAGUAUGCGCGAGCCAAAUAUGGUUCGUCCUACUCCAACUCCAAACCCACCACCAGUACCAUUGACCUCGAGUCUGGCUGUGAGAAAUCCAGAACCAGUACCGAUGUCUCGAUCACUGGCAGACCAACAACCACUACCUCAGCCUUCGCAACCCCAAGAAUGGUCAUCGACAUUUCAAGUCGCUGAACAGCCCCAAGAAGAGCCAGUCACAAAGAUUAAUCACACAUUUGAUUCCUAUGGAAGAGCAGUUGAUACUGUAGAACCAGCGGAGAAAGAACCUCCCACCGAAGCCGACGGUUGGGAUUUCAAUGAAUCGGCACAGUUUCCAGAGGAAGUUAAACCUACUCCACAAAGACCCGACACAGAUUUAUUUCCCAUUGCUCAAGAUACACCCAAAUCACCCAAUCGCACGCCAGGUUCACAUCGGAGGAAAGGUUCAAUGUCUAGACGGAAAAGUGCAGAUCCUGAAUUAUCCCUGAACCCGGCCCAAAAGGCGGAUGGUGGUAGCUUCAGGGUGAGGUUUGGUUUACGCGGGCAUUUAGAUGCAGUAAGAUCCGUGAUUUUUAGUGGUGGCGGAAGCCCUGGUGAACCCGAGAUAUGCACGGCGGGAGACGACGGGACGAUCAAGCGAUGGAUUAUACCAGCUCGCUAUGACACUCAACCAGGGAUGCAUGCGGCCCUAAGUGACCUGGACAUCCAGAGUUACUUUACACACCGCGGUCAUACUGGAGCUGUGAUGUGUUUGACAUCAUGGUCACCUUCUCAGAAUUUCUCUAGUGGUGGUCGAGCACAGGGUGAUGGUUGGAUAUUUUCUGGUGGUCAAGAUGCAACUGUACGAGUAUGGGAGCGAGGUAGAGUGGAUCCAAAAGCAACGCUCGACGGCCAUACUGAUGCCGUUUGGACUGUAUGCGUGUUGCCGGGUACUUCAGGAUCAAUAUUUGGACCAAACAAUCAAUAUGGUGGUCCUGAUCGUAUUAUCUUGGCAACUGGAGCUGCAGAUGGGGUGGUCAAAGUAUGGUCUGUCAGCGCACCACCUCAGUUGGUGUCACCACAAGCAGGAAGCGGCCGCAGAGGAGGUCGCGUUCGUGGAAAUUCCAUGUCCUCUGGAUCAGCUUUCCUAUCCUCACCUCAACCUAGUGUUGCAUCCAACUCGCCGUUCAACUACACGCUCAUUCAUUCCAUCGAGAGAGCGAACAGUAAAGCUUCGCCAACAUGCAUCACGCCGCUAUCAGCUUCCAGCGAUGCUUUUGUGGUAUCAUACUCUGAUGCCGCAGUUCUGGUUUACGAUACUCGAACUGGAGAGGAAGUUGCAUCAAUGGCCAGUCUGGAAACUUAUAAUGGCACUGAUGGGAGUGGAGUAAAUGCUAUUGUUGCAACUACCAACGGACUGGAUGGAUCAUUAAGCUUCGACUCUGGAAGAGCACUUUCGGAAGAGGAUGGAGUUGUAGGAGGAGCCACAGGAUCCAGUGGUGGCGUGGAAGGAAUUAUCAUCAGUGGACAUGAGGACCGGUAUAUUCGCUUCUACGACGCGAAUAGUGGUAAGUUACCCUCUACUAAAAUAACCCGGAACUCAUCACCACCAUCGUCGCACUACCCUAUCCCUGGACUUUCCACUGACCAAAAUCUCCCAGGACAAUGCACAUACAACAUGCUCGCCCACCCGGCAGCCAUCUCAUCCCUUUCCCUCUCCCCUGAUGGAAGGGAACUCGUGUCCGCUGGUCAUGAUGCCAGUCUACGCUUCUGGAGUCUGGAGAAGCGGAGUUGUACGCAGGAGAUUACUAGUCACAGGUUAAUGAGAGGGGAAGGGGUUUGUUCGGUGGUUUGGAGUCAGGAUGGCCGGUGGGUGGUCAGUGCUGGGGGUGAUGGGGUGGUGAAGGUUUUUGCCAGGUGAGGCGAUAGCCGUAAUUGAUGGUAUGGGUGAUGGUAUGAGGAUAUGAUUAAUGGAAUGGAAUGGAAUGGAAUGAAAAGGGGUUGGGUACGAGAGGGGAUGAGGGAUCCGAUCGGUGGUCAGAUUCUUGAUCAUUAAUGGGUGGAUAUGAUGGGAUGAGUAUGGAUGGGAUGGGAUGGAAUGAUGUCAACAUUCAAGUCAAGUCAAGUCAAGUGGACAGACAACCCCCCUUGGGACAAGGACAAGGACAAGGAAAGAAUGAUAUCUUGGAUUCCUUUUUUUUUGGUGUGUGUGAUUUGUCUUUUUUUUUCUUCGUUGGGUUUGCGAUGAUGAGGGGAGAAAGGGGGUGUUUCCAACGAACAUGCGAGAGAAAAAUACCCAAAUUACUUACUACUUCAGCUUUUCUUUUCUUCUUUCUGUAUUACUUUUUCUUUUUUUUUUCUUCGUUUUUUUUCUUCUUUCUUUCUUUUUUUGGGAUUUGCUAUGUACGUCUUGUCGUUAGGCAUUUGCAUUUGCAUUAGGGGAGGGAGGAGGGGGCAGAAAUAUUAGGUAUAUAUAUUUAUAUAUGUAUGUAGGUAGUGUAUUGUACGAUAUGAUAUGAUAUGAUAUAAUAUGGGAG